AUGCAGCGCUUCACUAGAGCGAUUCCGCGCUUCCGCUCGUGUACAAGAAUUACCUCCGUACGGUUCAACCAUACCCAGGGCACACACCAAACCACGGAGUCCUCUCAGCCUCGGACAGCUUCUUUUGGCUUCAAGACAGUCCCAGAGGACCUCAAGGAGUCCCUUGUCAAGAACGUGUUUGAUUCAGUCGCUUCAAAAUAUGACCUAAUGAACGACGCGACAUCCCUCGGAGUGCAUCGUUUGUGGAAGGACGAGUUCGUGUCAUCACUUCGUCCGGGAAGGAAGGGCGCCAUGAAAUGCAUUGACGUCGCGGGCGGCACUGGAGACAUUGCCCUUCGUAUCUUGGACUAUGCAAGGGAAAAACACUACGACCGAGAAACCACUGUUGACGUUGUCGAUAUCAACGCGCAAAUGUUGAAGGAGGGCUACAAACGCUUCAAGCAGACAAUGUAUCACAACACCCCGCAAAUAUCUUUCACCGAGUCCAAUGCUCAGGAUUUGGGUGAACAGUUCAAAGACAAUACAUACGACUUGUAUACAAUUGCCUUUGGAAUUCGGAAUUGCACGUCCAUCCCAGACGUGUUGAAGGAAGCUCAUCGCGUCUUAAAGCCGGGAGGCACCUUCGCAUGCCUGGAAUUCAGCCGCGUGGAUAACCCACUUCUAAGCACAAUUUAUGAUCAGUAUUCAUUCAGCAUAAUACCGUUGCUCGGCACUCUGCUAGCGGGUGACCGUGAAUCAUAUCAAUACCUUGUGGAAUCCAUCCGUAAAUUCCCUCCUCAACCAGAGUUCGCGCAGAUGAUUCGCGACGCUGGCUUUUCAACGGCAAAGGACGUUGAGGGCGGUGCUUGGGUGAAUCUUUGGGGUGGCAUUGCUUGCAUCCAUACUGGUGUAAAGUUGUAG